AGGCGGCGCUGGCGGGGACUAGUCUCGUCCGGAGACUGGCAGCGGCGGCGGCGGUAGCGGCAGCGGCAGCAGCAGCGGCGGCGGCGGCGGCGGCAGCGGCGGUGGUAGCGGCGGCAGCAGCGGUAGCAGUAGCGGCGGCGGCGGCCGGAGCUCGAGCCCAGGCGGCUUGGGGGGGAGAAGCGAGGAGGACGGCGGCGGCGAGGACGGCGGCGGCCGCGGCAGCGACGCGGCGGCGGCGGGCGGCGUUUCGUUUCUCCUCAGCGCGGCCCCUGUUUUGCCGAGGGGGGGGCGGGGGGAGAGCCCAUCCAUGACCAUGGGCGACAAGAAGAGCCCGACCAGGCCAAAAAGACAAGCGAAACCUGCGGCGGAUGAGGGAUUUUGGGAUUGUAGUGUCUGCACCUUCAGGAACAGCGCGGAAGCCUUUAAAUGCAGCAUCUGUGACGUGAGGAAAGGCACCUCCACCAGAAAGCCUAGAAUAAACUCUCAGCUGGUUGCACAACAAGUGGCACAGCAGUACGCCACUCCUCCGCCACCUAAAAAGGAGAAAAAGGAAAAAGUUGAAAAGCAAGAAAAAGAGAAACCUGAUAAAGAGAAAGAAAUUAGCCCCAGUGUUACAAAGAAAAACACUAACAAGAAGACAAAACCAAAGUCAGAUAUUCUGAAAGAUCCUCCCAGUGAAGCUAACAGUAUACAGUCUGGAAAUGCAACAACAAAGACCAGUGACUCAAAUCACACUUCAAGGCCCAGGCUGAAAAACGUGGACAGAAGUACUGCACAGCAAUUGGCAGUGACGGUGGGGAAUGUCACAGUUAUUAUCACAGACUUUAAAGAAAAGACUCGCUCUUCUUCGACAUCAUCAUCGACAGUGACCUCCAGUGCAGGAUCAGAACAGCAGAACCAGAGCAGCUCCGGAUCGGAGAGCACAGACAAGGGCUCGUCCCGCUCCUCGACGCCCAAGGGCGACAUGUCCGCAGUGAAUGAUGAAUCUUUCUGAAAUUGCACAUGGAAUUGUGAGAACUAUGAAUCAGGGUCUGAAAUUCAAAAUCUCCCACCUGCCCAUGCUGCGUGCAUCCCUGGAGAUUCUUCUGUGGACAUCAACCUAGUGAUGCUACCAGGAUCGUUUUCUGCUUGCCAUGGGCAUCUGGCCAGCAAGGAAUUUCGCACCCUGAUGAUUACUCUUGACACUUUUAUGUAUUCCAUUGUUUUAUAUGAUUUUCCUAACAAUCAUUUAUAAUUGGAUGUGCUCCUGAAUCUACUUUUUAUAAAAAUCUGCUGUGCACAAUUUUCCAUGUACAUUACAACUGUUGGGAGUUUUUUUGGGGGGGGGAGGUGGGGUGGGCAAAGCAGGGAGGGGGGGCUUUAUUUAUUGCAUUCACAGACUCCAUCCUUUUCAGCAUAUCCUUUAAGUUUAGUUCUUUCUUCCAGUUAUACUAUGUACUAUCAGUUUUGAUAUAACUAUAUAUAUAAAUAUAAAAAUAUAUAUAUAAAGGGUUAUUUGAAACCAAUACAUGGCAACGCUGGUGCUUUGAUACACUGUGAAGUGAAAAUAACAUUGAACAGUUACAGAUCUGGGACAGUCCCGUCUAUGAAAGUACUGAAACUAAAUUGAAACCAGGCUUAUACGAAGUAUGUUCCAACCUAUGUGGGAACUUAAGUCUCUCAUCUGUCUAAAGAGUACUGGAUGCUAUAAAUAUAUAUUUUUAAACAAUGUGAUCUCAAAUUUACAAGACUGCUCCAGAUAUCCAUCCUGCAUUUGCAAUACAAUAACAAGUCACAAGUUUUCUUGUCCAGUUGGAAGUGCUUGAUCAUUCAAAAGUAAUUAAACUGGCUUCAGAAUGCCAAGUAAAUUAUGGUUACAUGUUAACAUGGCUAAUUCUUGCAUAACAUAAAAAUAUGGUAUUCUGUAACUGAAUUCCAUCCAUUUUCCAGACCUGUGUUCAUGACUGAGGUAAUUAUUAAAAAUCUAUAAAGUGUCUGUUAGUUUUAGGAUUUAAGACAUUAAAAUCAACACUGUAAUUGUAGGGCUGGAGUAUUUUUCAGUCAAUACAUUAAGCAGUUACUUGUUUCCAUGUAACAUUGCAUAGUGAUUUUUGUAAUUAAAAUUUGUCUUUCUUUUCCUUCUUCCUUCCUCCAUUCUAUUAUAACACCCCCCUCCCCCACCAAAUUCUAGAUCUGCUUGUUUUCUGAAAGGGGAUUAUGAACUCUGUUUAAUACCACCAUGGUGAUUUUCAAUGUUUGUAGAGAUUCAUUGCUAUUCUGUUGUGGGAAGCUUCAGUUGUGAAUGGUGUUCAUGCUAGCAUCUGAAACACAAGUGCAGCUCAUGCUGAUGGGGCUGGUGUGAUCUUUCCCCCCCUAGAUUCAAAAAUGAUCUGACUUAUGUAAAUUCUUCCUAGCCUUUUAGAAUUGCUUUACAGUUUGGUUCCCAUUUAUCAUCCCUUGAAAACACUAGUGUAACCUUUUUCCUAAUUUUUUUUUCUUUUAGCUUUUUAUCUGUCGCUUUUUAUACACAUAACUCAUGUGGCCCAGAGUGCUUCUGAAUCAUUUCAGGCACAGAGCCAGUUCAAUAUACAAAUAUAUAUAUAUAUAUAUAUAUAUAUAUAUAUAUAUAUAUAUAUAUAUAUAUAUAUAUAGUCAUGCUUUAGGUACUCACAUGAGAGAGCAGCCAAUUUGUAAUGACGCACCAGAUUAUGUUAUGAUAACUUGGUUUGGGAAAAAAAUAACUUAUGUAUAUGGAGGCAACUGAGUAAAAUAAAAUUAUCAGCUUGAUUUUUGAGUAGCCAACAGGCAAGGUUCCUUUCACAUUUACAUUAAAACUAUUCUGUCGUCACUAAUGCAUCAUAAUUUAAAUUAUAUUCUCAAAAGUAUAGAUUACAAAGCAGUGCCAUUUGUUGCUAUGGUCCUAGUCUAAAAUGCAUGGACAAUGUUCCCCUCUUUUUAAAUUAUGCUUGUAUCAAAGAUGCAAGUUGUAAUUACCUUUUUUAAAUACGUUUUUAAAGUAUUUAUUAAUGAACCAAAGGAAAUCCGAUGCUUUCCAUAGCAUCAGAAUAUAUAAUACAUAGUGGUUUGACUAUGAAUUUUAAAUCCACAUUUUAAUGUUAGUGGGAUAUUGCAAAGACAUUCCUUCUAAAGUUUUAAUAUUCCUUUUAUUAAGGGUCUCAGGGAGGGUAAACUGGUCAGCCAUAUUUAUUUUCCAGAAGUGUAUGGAAAUGCUAAGGUUUUUAUUUUACAAGAAAAAAAAAUCUUAAAAUACCACCAAACUAAUGUGUAUGUUGCACUGCUUUUAUGAAUCAGUAAGUGUUAGUUUGCACUUUGUUCAGAAACACUGUGUGUAUUUUUUCAAAAUUAGUUUCAUGUAAAGUGAAUGGACCCCUAGUUUAGUGGAAAAGCUGAUUAACCAGCUACUCAUAGGCUGCUAAUUCAUUCAUUGCUAAUGUCUUGGUUUUUCAGUUUUGCCUCCUUGAUAAAUUAACUUAUUUUAGGGAGGGGAGAAGGAAGGGUGGAGAGUGCUUUGGAACAAAUGGAAUAAAACUCUGCAUUGAUUAGAAAUUGCAGCUAAAAGUGGAAGUUGCUAGCUAAGCAGUCAAAUGUCAUUGUUGGGCCAGGCCUUUAGCUGCUGUUAGGUAUUCUGUUAAGGUAGUGUAGGUACUUUUAGACUUUUAAUUUCUGAAAUUGAUUACACCCCUCAGGCAUGUAUUCUGGAAAUGGAAUUCCCAUAAUUUCCUGCUUUUGCAGCACAUAAAAACACUAGUGUAGAUUAUAUGUGUGUGUACAUAUAUAUUAUACAGAUAUACACGUGUGUAUAUAUGUGUGGGUGUCUAUACAUACACAUAUAAAUAAAUAUAAAGGACCAGAAAUACUUGGUAUUCAGUGGCACAGAACGCAGGUUUUUUAAAAAGCACAGUGUUAUGCUUGCAAGUUUCCAUUUUUUUUAUGCUACACAGUCUCUCACGUGUGCAUAUGCACACAGACACACAGAGCUUGCCUGACUUUACUUGAGUCAGGCAAUGAAAAGAGUAAACAUUUAACACAGACAAAAAUAUUUAUUUUAAUCAAUAACUUUCAGUUUAAAUUUGGCUAACUAUAAAAAAAAAUUGGCAGACGCUUCUGUGAGUUUAGUUCCACUAAGAUGUUUCACCUGCCUUAUCAAGACCAUUCUCAGUCUACUUUUUUAAGCUACCAUAUCUUAAAUUAUUGAAAAUUUAUUAAUUGCUGAAUAUAUAAUAACCUUUGCUUGUAUGUAACCGAAAAUGGUUUAAGAGCCAACAUUUAGAAAUGUAUGACAAUGGAGCUGAACAGUUUUUAAUGCGCAAGCAGUUCUGUUCUUGUGUAUGACUUGUAACCUUAAUUUACUGUGUAAAGAUGGUUACAUUAUUUCCUUAGCUUUGUUUGUUGGAGACAAAUAGAGAAUGCUUGUUAAGUAUGUCAAAACAUAAUCUUAUCUUGUGAAUUUUUGUUAAUGUAUUAUACGAGCUAUAUUUUUCAUUUGCCCAGAAAGACAGCUUGUAUAACGCUUUUGGAAGUUUCUGCUCUGUAAAGUCUUUAGAGCUGACAGUCUGUUAGGUUUGUUUUUAUCUUCAUGCUAAAGUGUCAAUUGGUGGUUUUGUGAACUGGUCAGAAAUUCACAGGUCUUAAAUGUUUUGGGAAAAUUUAUAUCGGACACUGCUCUUUGUCUAGCAAAUAAAAGAUGUUAAUAUAUUCCUGUUACUGGCAUGUGCACGACUAUGUUAUUAGAAGCCACUUUAUCAUUUUCCUGCUUUAAAUAGAAAUGUCUAUUUAUGAAUUCUGCUUGUAGUUUUUUCACAAAUAAAAUAGUAAAAUUUAAA